GUCCCCCUGUGAGCAAGUGACCACAUUAAGGUCGGCUGCUUCUGCAAAACGGGGAACAUGCAAGAGAGCGAGGGAUGGCCUGACAAGAAAGGACCAACAUCUGCUCCAGCUAACAAGAACACCUCCAAGUGACAAGUUGUUUUUGAAAUGUUGGAAUAGCAUUUCCCAACCUUGAUCUACAACCACAAGACUUACAGGUUUGUUCAACCCAAAGACUGAAACUGGAGUAAGAUUAAACUAUGAACCAGGUGGAACUGCUUUGGGCGGCCGUCUCGUUGUUGCUGUUGGGAGCUCUUGUGAGCAUGUGCAUGAAAUGUCAACGGGGCAGGAGUAAACAGGAGAAGAAGGGACUGAACAGUCAGCGGAAUCGGUGUGAAGACCAGCUGAUAACUGAAGUGGUACGCUCCUACUCAAUGUCAAGACAAGAACAGUUUAAGAUGCCGUGCAACAUGCAGAAGACAAGCAAAAGCCGCAAAUAUUCAAUUCCAAGUGAUGCUGGCGACUAUGCCGAGCCUAGGUAUCAAAACGUUAGUGGGAAAGAAACCCAGCCGGAUCAGGAUGCUGCUUAUAUUGAACCCAUUUCUAUGGAUUAUUACAACUGCAGAAAACUCUUAAGACCACCCAGUGAUGAUGAUUCGCGCUCUUAUCAAAACGUCGCUGGGCCGUCGAAUGGCACCGGAUGCAGUUUUGCAGAGGUGGGCAUCUAUGAAAACAGAGCAGCUCUCCAUUUAUGGCAAACCCCACCUGGCUCGGGAUGCUCCAGUGAUGAUGAGCCAGAUUAUGUCAACGCCGGGCCUGGUUGUGCGCCAAACGGCAGGUUUCCUGCUUAGGAAUUGGGAAUGAAUGACUCAACAGCCGCCAAGAGCUCGUCAGUCUUCCCAGAUGAGAGUGAGAUGCCCAUUCAGGAUUUCCGAGUCUCAUGCAAAGAAAGCCACCUUCUUUCAUGCUGAUCUACACCUCUGAGCAAAUACUCUGUCACUUCAAAAGCAAGAACUCCGCUGCAAAGUCAACCAGAGCAGGGGACAGGGCUCGCAGGCAGUUUACGUUUCAAACAUAGCGACAUCGUGGUUUAUGAACUUCAUGCAAAUCCUGAAGACUUCAAAAGGAAAAUGGUUCUAGGUAGAGUUUAAGAACACUAUGUGUAGUAGUUUCAAGUCAAUAGCUGUAUUCAUCGGCAGUAAAACAGCAAGAUUUGAGUCCAGUAGCACCUUAAUGACCAACAGGAUUUUCGGGGUAUAAGCUUUCAAGAGUCAAAGCACCUUUUGUCAGGUAUCUGGUUUCUGCUGCUGGACUUGAAUCUUAUGUGUGUAGUAGGGGAUAGGACUGGAGUAAUCCGUGUUGUGAAAUAGUUCCUAGAAUGUUUAUUGGUAAAGAGCUUUCACUGCUAUGCAAGUUGCUGAAUCUUCACAUCCUGAAGUUUUUCAAAUCCUCGUUUUAAAAGGUUGUUGUUUGCCCCCCAAAAGAAGGAAAAAUCCCUCCCUCGUGUUUCAAAGGGAUUGUUUGUCCUAAAGCUUUGCACAGCUUCGGCAAUUUUGAAUGCCCAAAUGUGCUUCUGUAUGUUUGCAUUAUAGGAAUAAUUUGUCGUCUUAAUGACUACGUGGAAGGGGUGCAUAUGCCAAGACAAUGUGUGGCUCCAUUUAACUCAGGAUUGCCUACUGUGAUAUACAGUAGCUCAAGAAAAUAAAAGGUCUCUUCCCAAUGGCAGCUACCUCAAGUGCUUUGAACUGAAACUAACAGAGAGCUUCUGCUCUGCCACCCCUCUUUGAAGGCUCUUUAGCAAAAAAAAACCCUGCCUCUGCAGCUAGAAAUGUAUACAACAGGGUCCUCUUCCUUUCCUUAAAUGCAUUAAACCUGUUAAUGCUCUACUA